AUGGCUGCUACACUUUUCGUUGCAAUUCUCUCAUUCCCAUUAUCAUAUGCUCACCUUCAAAAUUAUGAUGAUAUUAACUCAUCUAGAGCCCUUGAUUCCCUCCUUCAAGAUUAUGCUUUCAAGGCAUUCUCCUUUAGGUCUAAAACAGGAUUCCCUUACGAUGCCGAUGUACCUAAUAACCUAACCGGGAUUAAAGUUUCAGCACUGAGACUUAGAAGUGGUAGUUUGAGAACAAGAAGUGUUCAAAGCUACAAAGAGUUUCAGAUCCCGCCCGGUGUUAUUGAGCAGCCUUAUGUAGAGAGGCUUGUUAUGGUUUACCAUAACUUAGCCAAUUGGUCCGAGAAUUUCUAUCCUUUACCAUUAGGUUAUUCAUAUUUGGCUCCUGUUUUAGGUCUCUUGACCUAUAGGGGUGUCAAUUUGAAUGCAUCUGAAUUGCCGGAAUUGGAUAUAAAAGUUUCUGAUGAUAAACCGAUUUUGAUAACGUUUCAUGAUGUGAAACCAGCACCAUAUGGUUCAGUUCCAAUGUGUGUUUAUUUUGAUCUGCAUGGUUCAGUGACGUUUGAUAUUCUACUACCUGGUAAUGUGUGUUCAACAGUGCAACAAGGACACUUCUCAAUUGUUGUUGCUUCUGCUGAUAUUGGUAAGAAGAAGAACACCAAUGUGUGGAUGAUUGUUGCAUGGUCCUUGUUUGUUGGGUGCAUACUUUUGAUCUUGUUAAGUAUUCUAUUGUUUGUUAGAUUGAGAAGGAUGAAGAAGAAUCAAGAAUUGGAAUUGGAAUCUGAUAACGGUGAAGCCUUACGUAUAACACAUGUUGCAGGAACAAUAUUACCAGUAGCAGGGGCAAUUCGUACAACUACAGGGAUGCCUAUGGAAGAUGUUGUUUAA